GCACCCGCCUGCAAGGCCCUGAGGGAGGCGGCGGAGGGCGGAGGGCGAGUGCGCUGAGGACGAGUGCGCGGCGGGCUCGGCUGACCGUUGGCCCCUCGGCCGGCGCCCUAGCCGACCUCCCCUCGCCGCCCCGCGCCUCCCCGCCUCCCCGGCUCUGGUUCCAACACCCCAGCCCCGAGCUAGGGAGGCGGGGAGGACUCCCCAAGUGUGCCGCCCCGGGGCCUCCCGCUCGUCCCGCCCCGAGGGGCGUGAGGAGGGGAGGGGCUGCGGACUUCGGACUCGGGCCUGGAGACUGCCUCCUACCCAGAGCGGGAGCCCGCAACCCACUCAGGCGGCGACAGAGCCAUGUCGCCGCUGCUGGGGCUCCGGCCCGAGCUGCAGGACACCUGCACCUCUCUGGGACUGAUGCUGUCGGUGGUGCUGCUCAUAGGGCUGGCCCGCGUGGUCGCCCGGCAGCAGCUGCACAGGCCGGUGGCCCACGCCUUCGUCUUGGAGUUUCUAGCCACCUUCCAGCUCUGCUGCUGCACCCACGAGCUGCAACUGCUGAGCGAGCAGCACUCUGCGCACCCCACCUGGACGCUGACGCUCGUCUACUUCUUCUCGCUGGUGCAUGGUCUGACUCUAGUGGGUACAUCCAGCAACCCGUGCGGCGUGAUGAUGCAGAUGAUGCUGGGGGGCAUGUCCCCAGAGACGGGCGCGGUGAGGCUAUUGGCUCAGCUGGUUAGUGCCCUGUGCAGCAGGUACUGCACAAGCGCCCUGUGGAACUUGGGUCUGACCCAGUAUCACGUCAGCGAGAGGAGCUUCGCUUGCAAGAAUCCCAUCCAAGUCGACUUGUUCAAAGCGGUCAUCACAGAGGCCGUCUGCUCCUUUCUUUUCCACAGCGCUCUGCUGCACUUUCAGGAGGUCCGAACCAAGCUUCGUAUCCACCUGCUGGCUGCACUCAUCACCUUUUUGGUCUAUGCAGGAGGAAGUCUAACAGGAGCUGUAUUUAAUCCAGCUUUGGCACUUUCGCUACAUUUCAUGUGUUUUGAUGAAGCAUUUCCUCAGUUUUUUAUAGUAUACUGGCUGGCUCCUUCUUUAGGUAUAUUGUUGAUGAUAUUGAUGUUCAGCUUUUUCCUUCCAUGGCUGCAUAACAACCAUACAAUUAAUAAAAAGGAAUAAAUACUGUUACAAAGACUCAGACUAACAUACAGGACAGUCCAGCUGGAUGUGAUAAAGAUUUUAUCACCUCAUAUGGAAAACACUGGCUGCACUGGAUUCAUCAGUGUUAACUUCCUUUGAGGAAGCUGCCUUAUAGUUUUCAUCACUGGGACUUAAACAAAAAAUUACUGUGAAAAUGAGGUAUCCUGUACUUCUCAGUUAAGACUUGUUCUUUGAGUGAUGUAUUAAAUGCUGCUAGAAAAGCCUCAUUACAUUAAACAUAAAUCAAUCUUAAAUG